AUGAAUCCUUGUCUUGAAGGGUAUGCCUCACUGAACAAGCAGAUUAAACAAGACAGGAAACUUCGCAUAAUCGGCCUCUUUCUCAGUGUAAACGGCCACGUAUUGAGCGCUAUGAGCGCGUUUGCAGCUGUGAGUACCGCCAUAGAGCUGAACGAUAGCGAUGAGAACGACGAGGUGACGUAUCAGCCGUUUUCGAGCGAUGAUGAGGCUGAAAUGGACCAGGAGUUCGAAAAUUUUGGCAUACCACCUGGUACUUCGUUACAGGAUAUCUCCAACAAGCAAGAAUCUGUUCCAGUGCGAACGAAUCCGGCUAUUACAGGCUCAAAGUUCAGACCAGACGACGACAAUCUCGUCUAUGGUGAGAAUGAGAUUACAGUUGGGCUCAAGAACUACGAGUAUCUGAUCAUAAAGGGUCAGUACAGUCUUACCAUUCAGCGGGGUGCUGUUGAAAUUGAUUCGGUACUGUUUCACGCUAGUGAAACUCCCGUUAAGAUAUGCUCACCCUCUCUCACGAGUCUUCCAAUGAUAGCCUCGGCCCAGGUGACUGACCGUUCUUUGGUAAAUGAUCAGAGAACGAGCGAGAACGAGCAUUUGUUCAGCUCGGAUUAUAAGAGUGUACUGAAAAUUUCGAACUGGAAGACUGGUCUGGAAGGCAUUGGUGAGCUGUAUCCGCCAUUGAAGAACAUAUUGCCUUUGGAAAUACCGUCUGAUUUCGACCCAAACUCAUCUCACGCUGUUUUGGGCUACUCUUUUGAAAUUGUAUUUGCAGAUAGUGGUUAUACAGGCGUGUCUUUGCCGAAGACCUGGAAGACUAUUCGAUCAGAGCUCACUGAAGGGGUCUGUGAGGAUAGGAAUCCCACGCGUGUAUUUGUCCUUGGAACAAAGAAUAGUGGUAAGUCGACAUUUGUGCGAUUUCUUUUGAACAGUAUCACUUCGAAUGAACAAAAUGUGGUUAUCUUGGAUUUGGAUCCUGGACAGCCCGAAUACUCUCCUUCCGAGACUAUAUCGCUUACUGAACAGACUGUCCCAAUAUUCGGACUGAAUCUCAAACAAUUCAGCCAAACUCUCAAAACAGACGAAUGCCAUUAUAUCGGGUUCAGUUCUCCACAGAGAGACCCAGAUACGUACCUGGAAGCAGUUUCCAAGCUGUGUCUAACCUAUGAGAGCAGGUAUGCUUCCAGAAAUCUGCCGCUUUUAGUGAACAUUCCAGGCUGGGUGAAAGGAUUUGGGGUGAAGCUACUUGAAAGACUAUCGCAGCUGAUAAAUCCCACACAUACGGUUUAUUUGCAUUCGUCAUCAUCGGAACUGGACAGAGAACUGGAUGAUGUCUCUUUCGGAAAGAUGAUGAAGGCUCCUGGUAUCUUUGCACCUGCUGGAUACUCAGCUAGUCAAAGGAGACAUUUCAACACUCUUGCGUAUCUCCACACGUUAGGAGGAUGCAAAUUCAAUAUGUCGCCUCUAAUCACCUCCCCUCCAUACUCCAUCUCGUACUCCACGAGUCUGGCCGGAGCAGGACUGUACGACCAGAAACUCGGAGCAAUUGGAGUUUUGGAUGGAGCAGGACUAAACCACGAAGAUCUGCAGUUGUGUAUAGAGGCAACUGUGGUGGGACUGUACAGCGUUUCAUUGGAGGAGUUUGCGUCUCUGAUCCCUACUAUGGUCCAAACCCAUGCGAGCUUUCCGAAUUACCUGAACGAUACUUCUCAGUUAUACACCAAUGCACAUACACUCAAGUUCCUGGGACUUGGACUCGUUCAUUCAAUGGACACUGAUAGAAAACUUUUGAACAUAUACACACCAGUUGCUGCCAAAACGCUCUCAAGUCCGGAGACCAAGAUUGUCAUCAUAAGGGGACGGUCGGAGGUGCCGGUUCAAGAGAUUGCUCCCAGAGAUGUGGUUUUGAAGUACAACAAGAAGCGCAAGAAGGCCAAGAGCGAAAACUUGGGUCUCCCCUACAUUUCGCUCAGUCGAACCGAGGGAAAGGGUGUCAAGUCGUUGAAUGUCAGACGAAACAUAGUGAGAAGAAGGUAA